CUAUCUUGACAGUCUUGCAGGGUUUCACUGCUAUAUGCCAGUGCUGUACUGUACUGAAGAUGCCAAGAUGGCUGCAAGCAACUAUUUCGGCUACACACAUGGUGCCGGUCCGCAGUACAGUACCCAGCCUCCCCCGGCUUACUCCCAUCCCUCCACAGCCAGUUACAGCGUCCAACAGGCUCCAGCCGUGGCUCACGCUGUGACGGCUUCCUACUCUCCAGCCCCAGUCCAGGCCGCCCGGCCUGUGGUCUCUGCCCCUUACCCUGCCUAUCAGAGCCACCAAGCCCCCCCUGACUAUGCCUACAGGCAGCCCGACCCUCCAGCACCCCCACAGCCCACUACCACCCCACAGACGUACCAGGUAUACACAGACACGCAGGACAAUUACAGCUACGGGCGGCCUGCAGCUGUGACUACUUAUGACAAUAAACAGUACUACCAGACCAGUAUAGCACCGGCUCAGAGGACACCCACAGAGAACUACUACCAGACAGUUGGGGUAAAGAGUGCUUACAGUCCUGCCCCCACCACUGUGUACACCCAGCCUCCUCCUCCUCAGAGGCAGGUAACAGCCCUCAAACCUGUGGUUCCCUCCAGCUCUGUGUCCACCAGCUACAACAUUUACCCGGUGUCCACCAGUGUCCAACAGCCACCAACACCUAUUUCAUCUUACACCCUCGGUUCUUCUUUCGGAUCCACUGUGUCUGCCACCACCUACUCAGGCAUGAGCUACUCCACUUACGAAUCAACGGGCUACACCUCCACAUCCACCCCCUCCUAUUACCAGCCGGCUCAGCAGACUCUCACCCAGCCGCAGCCUCCACCGCAACAGCCGCAGCAGCCACAACAGCCCCAGCCCCCCAUCCAACCUCCGCCCAAGCAGCUCACGAGCUCAUCCUGGAGCAAUUCAGGCAGCAACAUGGUCACAGCUCCGGCCGUGAACUCCUACAAAAAGCCAACAUUUCACCAAAACAAGCUGCAAAAGCCCAAAGGGCCCCCUAAGCAGCCCCAGCUCCAUUACUGUGAUAUUUGCAAAAUCAGCUGUGCAGGCCCUCAGACAUACAGGGAGCACCUUGAGGGUCAGAAGCAUAAGAAAAAGGAGGCAGCCCUUAAAUCUGGGGGCCAGGCGGGGACCAGCAAUGGGCCCAGAGGUGUUCAGACUCAGUUACGCUGUGAGUUAUGUGAUGUCUCCUGUACUGGAGUCGACGCCUACGCUGCACACAUCCGUGGGGCCAAACACCAGAAGGUGGUGAAACUUCACACCAAACUGGGAAAACCUAUACCUUCCACUGAGCCAGUGUUGGUGAAUUCUGCUCCAGUCGUCACAACUUCAACAGCUGGGAAACCUCCGGUCUCUACGUCCACUCCUGCCUCCACAUCAACCACUACGACUCCCACUGUGACACCAAAGCAGGCCGCCGUAAACACCGUAAACACAGCCAAAACAACAGCACCUGUGAAGAAGCCAGUUUCUUCCAAAAUAAAUAUAAUUUCCAAUAAGUCUGCCAGCGCUCCAGCAGCUGCAGUGACAGCAACAGCAGCAGUGGUGGCUGCCAGGGUGGAUGAGCCAAUGCAACAUUCGACUCUGAAGACAGAGCUUCAAAGUGAGGAUGAGGAUGGUGACAGAGCAGGAGGCCAGGGUGACAUUCAGCCAGUGGGACAUGACUAUGUAGAGGAGGUUCGUAAUGACGACGGCAAGGUGAUCCGAUUCCACUGUAAACUGUGCGAGUGCAGCUUCAAUGACCCCAAUGCUAAAGACAUGCAUCUGAAAGGAAGAAGGCACAGACUUCAGUACAAAAAGAAAGUAAACCCAGAGCUUCCAGUGGAAAUCAAGCCGAGUAACUGGGCCAGGAAGCUGCAGGAAAGCAAGCUGAAGAAGCAGAAGCAGAAGGCAUCUUUGAAGAGGCAGAGAGAUGAUGAGCAGCGCUGGCAUAUGGAGAUGAGGUCAGACCUCUGGCCAAAACGGUAUGAGGAAGAUAUGUACUGGAGGAGGAUGGAGGAGGAGCAGAUGUACUGGGGGGAGCAGAGACGCAGGAUGGCUCCUCCACCCUUAAUGAGUCGCCCCGGUAUGCCAGUGCCCCCUCUACUGACAUGUGUACGUAGACCAGACUCCCCCGAUGACCGUCACAUCAUGGCAAAACACUCCACCAUUUACCCAGUCGAAGAAGAGCUGCAGGCUGUACAGAGGAUUGUGUCCCACACUGAGAGAGCCCUGAAACUGGUGUCAGACUCUUUGCUGGACAAGGAGACACCACCUGCUCCCGUUGCUACUGAAGGAGGAGAGGAAAAAGGCCCUGAGAGCUCAGCCCGGCUGCUUAAAGGCGUGAUGCGGGUGGGAAUCCUGGCCAAAGGCCUGCUGCUCCGCGGGGACAGAAACGUCGAGCUCAUCCUGCUUACUGCAAAGAAACCCACCAUCUCUUUACUGAAGAGCAUCGCAAAGCAGCUGCCCAAAGAGCUUGAGACUUUUUCUGAAGAUCAGUAUGAGGUGCAGGCUCACCCCGAGGAGGCGAACAUCGUGAUAUUUUCAAGCAAGGAGCCCAAAAUGCAGGUGACCAUUUCUCUCACCUCGCCGCUGAUGAGGGAGGACACUGCUGCAGAGAAGGACAAGCAGGCAGGAGGAAAAGCGGCUGAGAAAGAUGUGGCUGAGAAGGAUCCUCCUGAUCUCCUGAAUAAAAGAAAAUGUCUGGAGUACCUGGCAGCUUUACGUCAUGCCAAAUGGUUUCAGGCUCGUGCCAACGGGCUGCAGUCAUGUGUCAUCAUCAUUCGGGUGCUGAGAGAUUUGUGUCAGCGGGUUCCCACCUGGGGGAAGCUCCCCGGCUGGGCGAUGGAGCUGCUGGUGGAGAAAGUGAUCAGCAGCGCUACAGGUCCGCUCAGCCCAGGAGAAGCCAUGCGCAGAGUGCUGGAGUGCAUCUCCACCGGAAUCCUGCUUCAAGAUGGACCAGGGUUAAUGGACCCCUGUGAGAAAGAGCCAACAGAUGCUAUGGAAAGUAUGCUGCUUCAAGCCAGAGAGGACAUUACGGCCAGUGCACAGCAUGCUCUGCGGCUGCUUGCUUUCCGUCAGAUCCACAAGGUUCUGGGCAUGGAGUCUCUGCCAGCGUCCAAGGCCAGUGCCCGCAACCGCAAACGUCGACGGGACGGCAGUGACGCCGGUGAAGGGGAGGGGGAGGGCAAAAAAGACAAGAAGGAAGAAGUGGAGAGCGCUUGACCUUUGCCUCCAGAUGGGAGGCAUUUACUAGUUUAGAGACUGAUAGAAUGUCAUCUUUAAACUUUUAUUAUCUUGAAAACAAUCUUAACACGCAGCUAUACACAUAUGAAUAUAACUGACUGUACGUGUUACAUGUCUACUGUUGAAUUAUGAGGAACCAUGUGUUGGAGGAGACUGAAGUGUGAGAAUCUGGACUGCAAUCCCCUCCCAUGUAAAGUAGCUCCCUGCUGAUUUAAUGUCUUUAAAGAAAUUGGCUCAGUAUGAAAUCAUGAAAAUGACUGAUUUGCACACUAACUACUGGCCAUGUAUCCUCCGUUCUUUCAAAAAUAAUCAGUGAUAUUGUUUUCUGUGGUAUUAAAACAACCAGUUAAAUGAACAGCACCUUAAGCUUUCUUUCCAGACUCAUCUUAAAGAAGAGUCUGAACCCUGCUGCUGUUCGGGCCAGUUUAGUUUUUCCAUCCAGCACUUGAAUCAGGACUGAACUAACAUUGAUGCAUGUGGUACACUGAGAUGUGUUUUUCAUUUUGAGGGUUAAUUUUCGAAGCUCAGAAACUGUGAGCGAGAAUUGAGGAGACAGACUGUGUUUAGGAUCGACAUACAUAAAGUACUGUGAUGUUAAUAGUGCCUAAGAUGACACAUACGUGAUACAAUUUUGUUAAGCUGUGAGAGAACCUCAAAGAGUCAUUCCUGAACUCUUCUUCUCUCCCUCUACUAAAAUAUUCUGUUCAAAAGUUUCAACAUUUUUGCCGGGUAUAUUUUGAAAACUUGAAUGAGAUGAGUCGUGAAAUCUGAAAGCCCUGCAUCACACAACUACACUAAAAUAACUUCCCCUUAGCGAACACUGUUUAGUUCUUUGUGAGAAACAUUCAAAGACACUUUAGCUUUGCUUUGUGAAGCAUCCCCCAUGAGCUUUUCUGGAGAGGGUCACACUGGAGUGUAAAACUGUCUCUAUAGAGAGAGGAGUCUUAUGUUGCACAGUCUGUAGCAUGCUGAGGGAAUGAAGCACUUAAGAAAUGACAAUGUUACUGUAUGCAGCCAUAAUUUAAUCAUUGAAAUGAUAAUAUGCCUAGUAAUCUUUUUUCUUCCAGAGAGAGAGAAGCUUUAGUUCAAAACAUAAGACUGAAUAUCUACUGUUAUGAUCAAGUAGUUUUUUGACAUUCUUCCUUGUGCCUGCAUCAUGUUGUGUGUUACAAAAGACUGAGUAAGAGGAACAUUCAUGAGUGAAUAUUGUAAUGAUGUUAUUACACAAAGAUGUGGAACAGGGAAGGGAUAGUUGCACAACUCGUUUGGCUUAAAAGUGAAAGAAUUAUUGUGCAGUUUUUCGUUUGGUUUUUCAUUUAUGGAGAGCACCAUAUAUAAAUACUACUUACUUUAUUUCUGAAGGAUGUUGCAGUCUGUUUUGUAUUGAUUAAAGGAAAGUGUAACGUUGCUGUCUUAUUAUUUGAAUGUCUUUGUAGUGUUGCCUAAAAUAAGGGGAUAUAUUAAAACACUUUUAAGCCA